UUCAAUAUAUUUCAGAAAUUAUAAAUUUAUCUGGUAGUAACUUUUCUAUGAGUUCAUUACCCAACGAUUUUUUACUGAAUGUUGAAAUGAAUGAUUCAGUGAUUUCACUGUCAUCAAUAUCAUCUGAUUCAGUGUCAUCCGAAAGUUCAACAUCUGUGUCUGAUAACUUCUUAACAAUAAAUGAAAAUGAUCUAAAUGAGGAUAUUUUGGAAAAAGAAGUUGAAAAAUGUAAUCAAAUGAUAAGAAUUACUAAAGAGUGUAGUCAAGAACGGAUGCGACUGGUCAGAAGACUAGUAGAGUUAAGGUUAAAAUUAGAAAUGAUAACAGAAAUUAAGGCUCUAGAAAACAAAAAUCUUUUAAAUGAAACAAAAGUGGUUUUUGGUCAUCAUUUAUCUUUUGUAUGGAAGCCAAAUUGGUUAGAAAGUAAAUUUUGUGACGUAUGUACAAAAACCAUUUGGAAAUAUAUGCAUCAAUUGUAUGAAUGUUCAGAUUGUGGUUACUACUGCCAUAUUUUUUGUGUGGAAAAAAUUAAAAGGGUAUGUACUGCAGUUAUUGCUAGUGAACAUUCUAUGAUUUUGACUAUCACUCCAUCCAAUGGCUUGUUAUCUCAAGAUUACAAAUGUGCCGAAUGUCAAUCAUAUAUCCGUAUUCGCAACCCAAAAAUUUCUUCUGAAGAUACUCUUUCAUUAGAAGCUCGCUUAUGUGACUAUGAUGGCAAAUAUUACUGCCCUUUACACCAUUGGAAUAAUACCGCUUUAAUACCAGCACGUGUUUUAUGUAAUUGGCAAUUUGAUAAAAAAAUUGUGAGUCAGGCAUCUUUUCAACUACUUAAUUAUAAAUAUAAAUCAAAGAUGUAUAAUUUGGAAAAACACAACCCUAAACUCUAUACAUAUUUAGAGUCACUAAAUCAAAUUAAAAACAUUAAAAAUAGCUUAUUUAAAAUGAAAAAAUAUUUGGUUUUGUGCAAAGUUUGGAAUGCACAAUUAAAAAAUAUAUCAUCUAGAUGUCAUGAAUUGCUAUAUGAUAGUAUUUUGUAUAGCAUGAAAGAUAUGGUUGAAAUAAAGUCAGGACUUUUUUUAGAAGAUUUAUUACGAGUAAAAGAUGUCUGUGAAAAACAUAUUCGAUAUGAAUGCGAAAUUUGUAAAAAUCAAGGAUAUAUUUGUGAGCUCUGUCAAAAGGACACAAUAAUAUUCCCAUUUGAUGAAGAUGCUCAUAGCUGUGAUAAAUGUGAUAAUGUUUAUCACUACCAAUGUUGGAAAAAUAGAAAUUUCUGCCCUAAAUGUAAAAGAAUUAAAGAACGGUCUGACCUUCAAGAAGUUAACUUCUGAAAUAUAAUUAAAAUUUUUAUCUGCAACUAUUUAUU